AUGGCGGGCAAGAAGGGCGAGAAUACCAAAAAGGUUGCGGGCAACGCUCGCAAGACCGAGGCUGCCGCGCAGAAAGCUGCAGCUGCAGAUGCUCGAGCCGAGGCUGAGGAAACCGAAAAGUGGCAGAAGGGAAGCAAGAAUAACUCAAAAAAGGAAGCAGAUGCUGCCAAGAAGGCUGAACAAGCAGCGAAGAAGGCCGAGAAAGAUGCCCUUCUAAAAGAAGAGGAGGCUAGCAUGGGCGGGCGGGCCGAACCCAAGAAAUCAAAGGCUCCAGUCAAGAAGUCUCGCGGUUUGGACCUAUCCCAGCUCGAUGGCGACUCACCUUCGUCCUUGAGCGCCUCCGGUAUCGACAACGCGCUUGACGCUCUAUCACUAGCGACCGGCUCAGAUGAUACUAAGAUAGACAAACAUCCAGAGAAGAGAUUUGCUGCCGCAUUUGCGAAGUACGAGGAGAGAAGACUCGCAGAGAUGAAGGCGGAUGGUAGCGGUGUCGGCCUUCGCCUGGACCAGCGCAAGCAGAGGAUACGAAAGGAGUUCGACAAGAGUCCCGAGAACCCGUUCAAUCAGGUAACCGCCGCUUAUAAUGCCACCCGGGAGGACCUGGACCAAGUCAAAUCCCACGAGAGAUCCAAGGUUGAGAAGCGCCUGGGACACUAA